UGACCUGAGCGCGGCCGGAGGUGCUGGGGGGCAGCUUCAGGGCCCGGGAGCGCGAGGCAGAGGGCGACCAGGCGGGGGCUCUGCCUGCCCCGCCUGCCGUCGCGUUCCCAGCCGAGGGCUCGGACCUCAGGCAUGGUGGCGAGGAGCCAGGUUGGGUAUCUGGGCCGAGGGAACUGAUUUUGGGCCAAGAACAGGGCGUUGGAGAAUGUGUGUCCAGCUCACCUCUGUUAGCCGUUGAGAGAGAAAAAAAAAAAAGCCGCGACCGUCAGAAAAAUCUUCUCGCCUUAAAGGAGAAAAAAGGAUGUUAGAGGAAGACACUCCCCAGCAGGCUCGUGAGUUAACUCGGAUUUGGAAGGUGACGCCUAGCGCACGGCAUCUGGAAUCAAGUCUCCCGGGAGCCAAAACCAAAUGAUCAGAGCUACUAAAGAAAGUAACGGUGUUGGGUAACAGUUGCAAAGAGCUGGCCGUGAAUAUGCCAAUUCAUUUAAUCCUCACUAUAACCUUGUAAGGAAUCGGACGUCCCAGCAGAGCUGCAGGUGUUGAAGGGGCCCCAGCAGCAACCGACCUUCCCUUUUGCAGUUGCCAACCAGCUCUUGCUUGUCUCUCUGCUGGAGCACCUGAGCCAUGUGCACGAACCCAACCCACACCGUUCAGCACAAGUGUUUCAAUUACUUUGUCAGACCUUCAUCAAAAUGGGGCUGCUGUCUCCUUUCACCUGCAGCGAUGAGUUCAGCUCGUUGAGGCUGCACCACAACAGGGCCAUUACUCACUUGAUGAGGUCGGCCAGAGAGAGGGUCCGCCAGGAUCCCUGUGAGGAUAAUUCUCAUAUCCAGAAGAUCAGAUCCAGGGAAGUAGCCUUUGAAGCACAAACCUCACGUUACUUAAAUGAAUUUGAAGAGCUUACCAUCUUAGGAAAAGGUGGAUAUGGAAGAGUGUACAAGGUCAGGAAUAAAUUAGAUGGUCAGUAUUAUGCAAUUAAAAAAAUCCUGAUUAAGGGCGCAACUAAGACAGAUUGCAUGAAGGUACUGCGGGAAGUGAAGGUGCUGGCGGGUCUUCAGCACCCUAACGUCGUGGGCUAUCACACUGCUUGGAUAGAGCACGUGCAUGUGGCCCAAAAGCCAAAUAGAAUUUCUGUUCAGUUGCCAUCUCUGAGAGUGAUCUCUACGCAGGAGGAUGACAGGGAGCAGCAUGAUGUUAACAAUGAUGAAAGUAACAGCUCAUCCAUUAUCUUCGCUGAGGGCAACUCAGAAAAAGAAAAAUCCUUAGGGGAAUCCGGCAGAGAAAAUCAGAAUAACAAAUUGGUGAACUACACCACCAAUUUAGUCACAGGAGACACCAGUGAAUUUGGAUCCUCCAUUGUAUUCCAAGAAAAUGGCUUGGCUGAGUUGUCUUCCGGAUCGAUUGUUGAGAACCAGCUGCCACUGAGGCUCACUUCAGACCUAGAAGGGAAUUUCACAUCCACUGAGGAGUCUUCUGACGACAACUUCAACCUGGUGGGACAGGCAGAGGUGCAGUACCACCUGAUGCUGCACAUCCAGAUGCAGCUGUGUGAGCUCUCGCUGUGGGACUGGAUAGUGGAGAGGAACACCCGCGGCCGGGAGUGCGUGGACGAGUCUGCGUGUCCUUAUGUUAUGGCCAGUGUUGCAACAAGAAUUUUUCAAGAAUUGGUGGAAGGAGUAUUUUACAUACAUAACAUGGGGAUUGUACACAGAGACCUAAAGCCCAGAAAUAUUUUUCUUCAUGGCCCUGAUCAGCAAGUGAAAAUUGGAGACUUCGGUCUGGCCUGCACAGACAUCAUACAGAACACAGACUGGACCAGUAGGAAUGGGAAGAGAACACCAACACAUACCUCCAGAGUGGGUACCUGCCUGUAUGCGUCACCCGAGCAGUUGGAAGGAUCCGAGUACGAUGCCAAGUCCGACAUGUACAGCCUGGGCGUGAUCCUGCUGGAGCUCUUCCAGCCGUUUGGAACAGAAAUGGAGCGAGCACGGGUCCUGACAGGCUUGAGGACUGGUCAGAUACCCGACUCCCUCAGUAAAAGGUGUCCUGUGCCGGCCAAGUACAUCCAGCAGCUGACCAGAAGGAAUGCGUCCCAGAGGCCAUCGGCGCUGCAGCUGCUGCAGAGCGAGCUUUUCCAAAACUCCGGAAGCGUUAACCUCACCCUGCAGAUGAAGAUACUAGAGCAAGAAAAAGAAAUCGAAGAACUAAAGAAGCAGCUCAGCCUCCUCUCUCGGGACAAAGGGGUUAGGGAUGACAUGAAGGAUAGUGGCGUUCCUGCCUAGCUUACUCAGCCUCUAGGAGUAUGGCUGGACCUCAGCUCUGUCAGCUCAAGUCAACUGGAAUGUGUGGCUUCAACCUUUUUCAGGGUACAGAUGAUGAGCUACAGUACUUAGUUGUCAUAAGAUCGUACAUGACACUGAAGUGAGGUUGUUUUUUCCUGAAGUAGCUCUUUCCUGAUCUAGCUUUUUGAACUUGACUGCUCUAAACUAACCCUAUUGUGCUUUCUCCUCUUGUUCUACAACCUUCCAUUUCUGGAUCGCUUAGAUCACUCUGUCCAGUCCCUCAGGCUAAAAUUCCCUCAGAGUUCAAUUCUUUUGAACUCUGCCUAUUGACUACCAGUCCCUCCUCUCCAGGUUUCUAAAGCUGUGUUCUGCACCCGCCACUCACUGCCCAGGCCGGGUCUGUGUAUGAGAGGGGCCGCGGGUUUUGGCAGUUGCCCUUUUUCCUGGCCCUGCCACAUGCGGCCGGUUACCGACCAGGGGGCACCUCUGUUCAGGCUCUGGCUCAAAAAAAGCCCCUUCCGCAUGCGGAUGAACUUCAGCUGCUUAGCGGCGGGCGUCACCCAGCCUGUUUCUGUUCCCAUCGCCUUACCCUUGGUAUUAUUGUGCCCUUUCCAAGCUCUGUGCUUCUUGCCCCCAAGAGAUCUCAAAGCAGCUACGGUGCCAGGGCUCCUGCCUUUGCCCCUGCAGUGUCCCCACGGCGUUCGCCUCACAGCACCCAACUCCUACAUUCCUCAGAGGUGAUGGUAUGGUAUGUUUGUUUCUGUACCCAAAAGGUGCCUGCCGUGUACUGGCAUGGUGUACUGCACGAUGGUGCCGAAUUUUAAAAUAAAACAAAAACCUCAAGUUA